GCUGCACUACUCGGCCACCGAGAAAAAAAUUUAGAAAUCUCUCUGCAUUAGAUCGUUUCGGCUGGAUUAAAAGCAAAACUUGACGUUUUUGUAGUAGUUUAUACUUCAUAGAGAAAGCUAGGGUUUAGCAGAUAGAUAGAGGGGGAAAGAUGUUGUACAUAAUAGGUCUAGGAUUAGGCAACGAGAAAGACAUAACUUUAAGAGGUUUAGAAGCAGUUAAGAAGUGCGAGAAAGUUUACAUGGAAGCUUACACUUCUCUUCUCUCUUUCGGCCUCUCUACCGACGGACUUUCUACUCUGGAAAAUCUCUACGGAAAACCAAUCAUAAUUGCAGAUAGAGAAAUGGUAGAAGAGAAAGCUGAUGAGAUGUUAUCAGCAGCUAGCUCAUCUGAUGUGGCAUUCCUCGUUGUUGGUGAUCCUUUUGGAGCUACAACACAUACUGAUCUUGUUGUUCGAGCCAAGACAUUAGGAAUUGACGUGAAAGUAGUACAUAAUGCAUCUGUAAUGAAUGCUGUCGGGAUUUGUGGAUUACAAUUGUAUCGCUAUGGUGAGACGGUUUCAAUUCCCUUUUUCACUGAUAAUUGGAGACCUGGUAGCUUUUAUGAGAAGAUUAAAACAAAUCGUGAUCUUGGAUUGCAUACUCUUUGCUUGUUAGAUAUACGAGUGAAGGAACCUUCAUGGGAAUCCUUGUCUAGAGGAAGGAAGAAGUAUGAACCCCCUCGGUACAUGACAAUAAAUACUGCCAUUGAACAGCUCUUGGAGGUUGAGCAAAAACGUGGAGAAUCUGCAUAUGAUGAAGACACUAAUUGCGUUGGAUUUGCUCGGCUGGGAAGUGAGGAUCAGAUGAUAGUCGCUGGAACAAUGAGGCAAUUGCUUACAGUUGAUUUUGGAACACCAUUGCAUUGCCUUGUAAUCGUUGGCAAUACCCAUCCCCUAGAAGAAGAAAUGCUGGAUGUUUACAAACUUGAAAAAGGGAGUCUAGACCACAAGGAUGAUGGAAGAGCGUGACUUUUUCCUUGAUGAGUUAAAUGUGCGAAGUUGGCAGCUUUUCUGGAGACACUGGACUCAUGCUUCCAAUGCAUUUCUGUAGGUCCCUGCUGCCCUUUAAAGUUGUUAGAGAAGACUAUUGUAUUUUGGCUGUAAGCGGGUGGGAAGUAGAUUUUAUUCUUUCAAGCAAAGACCUUGUAUACAAUUUUAUUUCUAAAAACAAGAAUUUCAUGCCUAAUUUUGCAUAAGAGCGAACUGUAAUCUGUGUAAGCUUAUCUAUUGAAGCUGCUAUACCGUGGAAGAUGUGCUUUCUUUUAGCA